GUUACACUGAUUCCUCCAAAUGUUGUCUCAGAGAUGAGUCCCACAGCUCCCUGCAAAGUAAUUGGUCUAAUUAGGUGGUAGGAAGGAGCUUCUUUAAAUUCCUCAGAAAUUAAGACGUGUCAUCCGCUUAACAUCUUAGCAUCUGUUACUGCCUCUUCCACAUUUCUCUGCUACAUCAACCUGAAGGGCACUUUCCUGGAUGUUUCAGAGAGAUAAAAAAAAUUAAAAUAAAUAAAACCAACAAAACCCAAGCCCUUAUAGCACAGAAGAAGUUAGCUCUUUCUUCAGUGGGAUGAAGCAUGUAAGGCAUUUCAUCCCCUCCUUAUUUCUCAGUUUGGUGCAUGUUUGCCUGGUUCAGGCAAAUUAUGCCCCCUAUUUCUUUGAUAAUGGAGCCAGAAGCACAAAUGGGAACAUGGCACUUCUCAGCCUUUCGGAGGACACGCCUGUUGGCACCCACGUGUACACUCUGAAUGGAACUGACCCAGAAGGAGAUCCUGUGACAUAUGGCCUGACCUAUGAAGCUGGAUCAAGGCGUUACUUUGCUGUUGACAAGAAUCUUGGAAAUGUUACUUUGAUUGAAGAGCUUGACAGAGAGAAGGAAGAUGAGAUUGAAGUUAUUGUCAGUAUUUCAGAUGGCCUGAGUACAGUUUCUGAAAAAGUAAGGAUCCUUGUAAUGGAUGCCAAUGAUGAGAGCCCAGAGUUCAUCAAUACACCUUACAUAGUCCAAGUCCCAGAGAACACUCCCUCCAGCAGCAGCAUCUUUAAGAUUGAGGCAAUAGACAAAGACACAGGUUCUGGAGGAAGCAUCACCUACUUCUUGCAGAACAUCCAUGCUAACAAGUUCACGAUAGACCGUCACAGCGGUGUCCUGCGCAUCAAACCUGGGGUCACCCUGGACUAUGAGAAAUCAAGAACACACUUUGUGGUGGUUGUAGCCAAGGAUGGUGGUGGGAAGCUCAGGGGAGACAACAAAGUCUUUUCAGCCACAACAACAGUUACUAUCAACGUGGAGGAUGUUCAGGACACCCCCCCUAUGUUCAUUGGGACCCCCUACUAUGGAUAUGUCUAUGAGGACACACUUGCAGGCUCUGAGGUCCUCACUGUUGUUGCUCUUGAUGGAGACAGAGGAAAGCCUAACAGUAUUCAUUACUGCAUCGUGAAUGGAAGUGAAGGUUCAUUUGAAAUCAGCAACACAACUGGAGCCAUUUCUGUGAUAAAAAGCCCAAAUCAGCUCAAGAAAGAAGUGUAUGAACUAAAAGUUAAGGCAUCAGAAGUCAGUCAGGAAGGUGACAGCUCCGAGCACACCUUUGCCAUGGUGACCAUACGGGUGGUGGACCUCAACAACCACCCACCAACCUUCUAUGGAGAAAAUGGGCCCCAGAACAGGUUUGAGCUGACCAUGUAUGAGCAUCCCCCAGAGGGUGAAAUCUUACGGGGACUGAAGAUCACAGUCAAUGAUUCAGAUCAGGGAGCCAAUGCUAAAUUCAACCUCCGGCUUGUUGGACCUGGUGGCAUCUUCCGAGUGGUUCCUCAAACUGUCCUGAAUGAGGCUCAGGUUACAAUAAUAGUGGAAAAUUCUGCUGCCAUUGACUAUGAAAGCUUCAAGGUGUUAACCUUCAAGCUUCUUGCAAUAGAGGUGAACACACCGGAGAAGUUCAGCUCGACGGCCGACGUGGUGAUUCGCUUGCUGGACACCAAUGACAAUGUCCCCAAGUUCUCCUCUGACUACUACAUUGCCAGGAUCCCUGAGAACUCCCCAGGGGGCUCCAAUGUAGUUGCUGUUACAGCUACAGAUCCAGAUUCAGGGCUUUGGGGAGAAAUCAAGUACUCUAUCUAUGGAACAGGAGCAGAUCUGUUCCUAAUCCACCCAUCAACAGGUAUAAUUUACACCCAGCCCUGGGCUGUGCUAGAUGCUGAAGUGAACUCGAAGUAUAAUUUCUAUGUGAAAGCAGAGGACACAGAUGGGAAAUACAGCUUGGCUGAAGUGUUUAUCACCGUGCUAGAUGUCAAUGACCACUCUCCAGAGUUCAAUGAAAACAUCCAGGAGAAGACAAUGAUCAUUGGGUCACCGGUGAAGAUAGAGGCCAUAGACCAAGAUGCAGAAGAACCCAACAACAUUGUGGAUUAUUCCAUCAUGCAAGCAGAUCCAGCCAAUGUGUUUGACAUAGACCAAAGCACGGGGGAGAUCAAGCUGAAGUCCUAUAUCAGAUCUCUGGACAUCAUCCACAACAUCACAAACAAUAAAGACUGCAUAUGGUCAUUGGUGGUCCAGGCCAAAGACAGAGGCUCCCCAUCCUUCAGUACCACAGCAGUUCUGAAGAUUGAUAUCACAGAAGAGACUCUUCACAAAGGGCCUAUGGCCGCCUUUUUGAUGCAAACUAAAGAUAACCCCAUGAAAGCCUUAGGAGUGCUAGCUGGUGUCAUGGGCAUAAUGGUGCUGAUAACUAUCAUGAUCUCUACUGCCAUGUUCUGGCGCAACAAGCGGUCCAACAAAGUCAUGCCGGUGAGGAGGAUCAUAAAAAAGAGACAGGUGCCGCCAUCCCGGACGGUCAGGAUGGAGUGGCUGAAGUUCAAGAGGCCCAGCAACGCUGCAGAGAAGUUUGUAGUUGAGGAGGAUGUGAAGAGCCUGCACAAUGAGAACAGCAACAAUAACGUGCAGGUUGUCCCUGUGCCACCGGCAGCCCCCGUGCCCCCGCCACCUCCGGCCCUGGCUCCCCGAGGCGACGGCCCAGGGUGGCGGGUGCCAACUGUGUCCGGCUCCCUCACUCCCAAGCACAUCAUCAAGCCACCGAAGAAGAAAGGUCACAGCAGCACCCACAACGCCCUCGUGUCAGAGCUCAAAAUGAGGUUUGAGAAGAGGAACGCAGCUUUCGGGGAGCCCCACAUCUAGGUGCUCUCAGCAGCCCCAAAGACUGCAGACUGUGGCUGGGAAUGUUUUUACUUGCCGUCUCUUCCCUGUGUCUGUCAGCACCCUGUGAACCAGAGCAGCUUCUCGCUGUGAUAGCCACCCCUCACCUUCUGCAAGCACCAUCGUGACUGCUGUUCCCUUGGCCAUGUCCCAUGGGCCCUCCUGCAGCUGAGUCUGCCCACGGUGCUGAGUGUGCCAGCCACAGUCUCCCCAGGUGAACAGGGACUCAGACUGCCCCUGGUUUGGAGGUCUCUACCCAGAGCUUGGGUUUUCAAAGAAGAUGCUCUGCAGCCAAGACCCUGGUGGAUGCUUCUUCUGACCUGGUCUGGCAGGUGGAUUUGAGGUGUCUGAAAAUCCAUCACUUCAAAUCCCAGACCCAUUUUUGAAGAUGUGGCAGCAGCCCUGAGUCAGUUGCAGGUCUCCUACAGCAGUGGCACUGCUGUGUCCUGCGCACAGUGUGCUUUGCAGCAGCUGGCGGAGCGAUGUGCUCCUGGCCUCAGUACCUUCAUUCCCAGAAGGUAAGCAGGCAGGCUUGGAGAAGUUCUUCCUAUUCCUGCAGCUUACUCUGGGUUUUGCCAGAGCACAUUGACAUGAUGCUGUGCUUUGCUUCUGCCCUGGACUUGCCUGCUGGGGAGAGACAGGAGGGGCACCUCAGCCUUUCCUGGACCAGCAGGGCCAAGAUUUGAGCAUGGAAGUUCAACAGCAGCCCUCACUCGGCACUGCCUCCUUCUGACACUGUGCUCCAAAGGAGCAGGAGCCCAGCAGGAGAAGGACAUGAAUAAAAACACUGGGAAGACAAGGUAAAACUGAGAAGCAAAUGAUAAGUGGAAGACAGAGACAAGUGCUGUAAAGUUGCAUAUGUUGGUCAGGGAAGUGUCUGGAAAGAUCAUGUGGUGUUGUACACUGCUAGCAGAAGGUGUCAAGAAAUAUAUUUCAUCACCUCUCCUGACUUGUUGCUGGGACUGGUGUGUGCAAAAGGAGGUUUCCAUAAAGUAUUCAGGCUUUUCUUAUCAGUAUUUUUGAGUGAAUUAAACAACAUUUAAUGGGAGGGGACUGGCAGAGCAGCUGACAGGUUUUUCUUUUCCUGUUAUGUGACAGUAGAAAGGCAGCAAGAGCAAAGCACCUUCUUCACUGGAUCUACCCCACAGACCCCCCUCAGGUUUGUUUCUGAGGAGAUGUUUUUCAGCUGGGCCUGGCUGUUUCCCAUCCCCUGGGGAGAAGGCAGCACCGACUGACCGAGCUGGCUGGGGAGCAGCACCCUGCACUGUGUCUCUGAGAGCCAGCCCUGCAGAGAAGCUGUGCUGUCAUGGUACAGGAACAUCAAGGUGGGGAGCACUCCGUGUUAAUUCAAGGGGUUCAUGAGAGUUCUCCAGCUGUCAUUUCAGUUAACCAGCAGACCUGGCCCUCAGGAUCUCCUCUCACUCCAGCAGCUGAAAUAAUUCCCCUUUUUGCACCAGGACUUCAUCAGUUUAGGAGAUAGCUGGUUGAAUACGAAAUUAUGCACUUACAAGGAAAAUCUUGUAUUUUUUUAACUUCAGUUCAAUCUGCCUAGAGGCCAUAGUGCUCGUGGCUCACGUCCCCCGUGAGCUGAGCCAGCAGCUGUAGCCAAGAGAUCCAGGAGAGUCCCAGCUGGGGGCCAAGGCAGGAGCGCUGCUCCCAGAGCCUCUCCUGUCACAUCUCUCCUUUUCUCCACUGUUUUCUUGCUCAUCCCUCCUCCUGGGGCACUGUGAUGUGAGGCCAAGUUCUCACCUGUCCAAUCGCCUCGUCCUUGUUCCCUGGCCAUAAACUGGCCGGAGGGAGGGGACAUGCAGCCCCUGACCCCCCUCCUGCUGCCCUGUGCAAGCACCUGCCUUCUGCUGGCUGGGUGUCUGCAGGUUCUGCAAUGUUCCCCCAAGUCCCUGAUUUAUUCCCCAUUCCACUGUCUUCCCAGUUUUGUGUUAUUGCCAGUAUUCAGUGUUCAUUCUCUAAUGAGGAAAGCCUAUAAAGACCAUUCAAUUAAGUCAGAUUUAACAGGAAUUACAGGCUUAUAGUCUUAGAGAUUAUAUUUAAGAGG